AUCAACGGAGACACCUCGGUGGGUGGCGCGUCGCUCUUCCUUAACUGCAACCCCCUCGCUCGCCCGCCUCCCUUUCUCUCUCGCGCAUCUUCGUCUCUGCUUUCAAUUUCAUGGUGCGCCACUCCUCCUCCACCCCUUCCCUGCUCCUUCGCUCGUGACGUCGGCCAAGACCCACCUGUCGCCGCAGGAGCUCCUCCGUUUAUAUAUACCUGCCGCGGGAUGUGAGUUCUCGCCGGCCGUGCUCUACUUCCUCUCUUCUUGGUUCUUGAUUCGCCAUUGCUGGCUUCACUAAGCUCCGUCCGUGCACUAGGUGAAUACUGACGAUGUCGCAUUCGUGAUGCUGCUGCUGCGUAGGAGUCAGCAGCCGGGGAACGACCUGCCAGAGUUUCUCUGGCAGAACGGCCCGGCGCUCCAGCGGACGGCGGCGGCACCGUUCCCGCCAUUCGCCAGCAGCGCCGCCGGCACCAGCACCAGCGGCAGGGCUACGGAGCUCGCCAGGCAGCACCCGGCGUCCGCGACGGCGAUGCGCGACCUCCUCGGGGCGCCGGACGAUGACGCCGUGCCGUGGCUGCAUUACCCCGUCAUGGGCGGCGUGGACGACGACGACAGCGACACGGCCCCGCUGCCCCCGGAGUACUGCUCCACCUUGCUCUCCGGCUACCCCGACCUCCCCGCUGCCGUGGCGAGCAGAGACGCCGGAGGGGCGCCGUCGACGUCCCACUGCGCGGUCGCCGUUCCGCCUCCGAUGCCGGAGCCGGCGGUCCCCAGGCAUCAGCACCAGCAGGCUCGGCCGAGUGGCGAGGGCAUCAUGAACUUCACCUUCUUCUCGAGGCCCCUGCAGCGCGCACCGCCGCCAGCCGGCGAGAGGACGUCCGCUGCGGCCGCGCCGAGCAACCCCGUGGAGUCGACGGUGCUGCAGGCGUCGGCGAACCGGCUGAGGAGCACCCCGCUCUUCUCCGAGCAGAGGAUGGCGUGGCUGCAGCCGCCCAAGGACUCGCGCGCCACGGUGGCCCCUGUACCACCACCUCCUCCUCCGCCGACGCCGCCGGUCCCUAUCCGGCAGGGAGAAGCGUCUGCGGCGUUGGCUCACAGAGUACAACCGGAAGCGAGGGCUCCCGAGAGGCCGCCCGCGACGGCGACGACCUCGUCGGUCUGCUCCGACAAUGUUGACCGGAGCCAGCUGAAGAGGAACAGCAGCAGCCACCAGGCUCCGGAGUGGUCGGUCAGUCAGGAGGACGAGGAUCUUGACGAUGAGGCCGGCGGGCUGAGAAGGUCGGCGUCCAGGAGCACCAAGCGCGGCCGCACCGCCGAAGUGCACAACAUGUCGGAGCGGAGGAGACGGGAUCGGAUCAACGAGAAGAUGCGCGCCCUGCAAGAACUCAUCCCCAAUUGCAACAAGAUUGACAAGGCGUCGAUGCUUGAGGAAGCCAUCGAGUACCUGAAGACCCUACAGCUCCAGGUGCAGAUGAUGUCGACGAUGGGGACGGCCGGGCUGUGCAUGCCACCGAUGCUGGCAAUGCAGCACAUGCAGAUGCAGAUGCCGCCCAUGGCGCACUUCCACCACCAUCACCUCGGCCCCAUGGGGUUCGGCAUGGGGCCCUUCGACCCGCGCCUCGCCGCCGCCGCCGCUGGUGCGGCCCAAUUCCCAUACCCGAUGAUCCCCGGCAUGCCCAUGUUCGGCCACGGCCCCGCAAUGCCUUCCCCGCCGCCAUUCCCCCAGCACCAGCAGGCGGCUGCUGCGGGCGCUCAGAUGGCCGCCGGCACCGUCGUCGAUAACGAGGCCGCCGCCCAGGCCGAGCAGCAGACGUCGGGCGACCAUCCGCAGGUCCCAGGAGCAAUGUAGCUAGCUUGACAAUGUAGCAGCUCUAGCAUGCACGUCGAUGGCGGAGCUGCAGUCUGACUCUGUACUUCCAGCGAUUUUGCCCAGUCGAUCUGCUGUAGCUCUAACUUUGUGAAACUGUAGAAUGGUUCACUGUUACUGCUUCUUCA